AUGGGCAAUAGUUUAAGGUGUUGUUUGGCUUGUGUUCUUCCAUGUGGAGCCCUGGACUUGAUCCGCAUCGUCCAUUUGAACGGACAUGUCGAAGAAAUUACACGUCCAGUCACCGCCGGCGAGAUCCUCAAGGCCAACCCCAAUCAUGUGGUUGUCCAAACCAUCUCUCAGCGUCAGAUUUCGAUCAUCUCGCCUGAAUCUCAUCUCAGAAGAGGCGGCAUUUACUUUUUGAUCCCAGACAAGAAAAACAGCGCCAUGCACCAUAACAAAUCAUCCAGAAGAAACAUUCCUCGAGUAAGGAUCGCGGCCGCCCCAGCACAGUCAUGUCGGAGUAUGGCGGCCUCAUCUCGCCAUCAUCUCCGAAGUACUAAUUAG